CUCCAGUUGUAGCGACACCAUCAGAACCACAGUGUUCACUUCAAUGGGCCUAUUGACAGUUUAGUAUCUGUCAUUGUCCUCUAUGGAAAUUGAAACUGGUCGCAUUAUCGCGUUACAUCUGUUUGAUUUGAGGGCAGUUACUUUACUGUGUUGGUCUGUAUACUGUCUUUGAAGUUUCAAACAGUUCCGGAGUUGAGUGGGGCUGCGGGAAAACCUUGCCUGGUCAUCCGUUGUCGCAGGCCUAAGCUUGGAAAAGGGGCCUUAACCGUCCUUUAUCCGGCGAAAUCACGCUGCUAGCCAAAGUAAAACGACAUUGAUUAAUUUAUCAAUCCAUUUAUUUUGAAUUUGAGACUGAGAAAUGGCGGAAGCAAGAUUGGCUGUGGCUUUCCAAUUUGCAGUCACAGAUGAAGGGGUUGUCGUCAAUGUUGAUAAAGAAGUUGUAAAGUUGGUGGCAAGAUCGGCCUACAAGUCAGUUAAAAGAAGAUGCAAAUACGCAAAAAACACAAUUCUUAAAGGAGUCUACCCUGCAUCGCCAGCGACAUGGAUGUUCGUUCUUGCUGCUGUUUUAGCGGCAAGACAUCACCAACAUGAAGUAACGAUGGACAUGCUUGAUAGAAUGGAACGUGGAUUUCCCGGUGGUCAUCGUUUGGACAAAAGCACUGUUAUUGGCAUUUGCAUAUUCACCAUGGUGACAGCAAUUUGGCUCUUCAUGGGUUAUUUCUUACAGUUUUCAUUGAGAAAGUUACUGGCUUACAAAGGACUUUUGUAUGAAAGCAGAGGGCCAUUUACUUUUAAAACAAAAAUAUGGGUGAUGUUUGUAAGAUUGUUGUCAGGAAGGAAUCCCUUAUUAUAUAGUUACCAAAAAUCAAUGCCAGCAUUGCCUGUUCCAGACUUGGAGAGAACUGUUGAAAGAUAUUUAAGAUCUGUAAAGCAACUGCUGAGCGAGGAAGAAUACAAAAAGAUGGAGGAGCUUGCCACAGAAUUUAAGACUGGUAUUGGGCUCAAGUUGCAGAGAUAUUUGAUGUUAAAGUCUUAUUUUUCUUCAAACUAUGUCAGUGACUGGUGGGAACGUUUUGUUUAUCUCAGAUCUCGCUCACAACUCAUGAUUAAUAGUAACUAUUAUGGAGUGGACACCCUCGACAUGCCACCGACGACCAUUCAAACAGCAAGGGCGGCUAACUACAUUUAUGCUUUGCUAUCAUUCAGAAAAAUGAUUGACAAGCAAAAAUUGAAGCCGUUGAAGCAUAUGGGUAUUUAUCCCCUGUGUUCCGCCCAGUAUGAAAGAGUUUUCAAUACAACUCGAAUUCCUGGAAAAGAGGAAGAUGUGCUCCAGCAUUUGCAAAGCUCAAAUCACAUAGUUGUUUAUCAUAGAGGCAAAUAUUACAAAUUGACCUGUGUUUUCAGUGGGAAAGUUUUAAAGCCCGCCGAUCUUGAACACCAGCUGAUCAAGAUCGUCAACGACGAUGAAACCAAACCAUUCCCCGGUGAAGAGAAGCUCGCUGCUUUAACUGCUGACAUGAGGCCUCAUUGGGCAGAAGUGAGAAACAAAUACUUCAGCACUGGUGAUAAUAAAGCAUCUUUGGGAAUGAUUGAAAGGGCGGCGUUUGUUGUUGCACUGGAUGACACAGAUGGUGGAAUCUUUGUCAAGGACGACCCAGACCAAAUGGAUGAAUUUGCAAGAUCGAAUUUGCACGGCAAUGGAUACAACAGAUGGUUUGAUAAAUCAUUCACGCUAAUAGUCUGUAAAAAUGGAAAAGUUGGUUUCAAUACUGAACAUUCUUGGGCUGAUGCACCUGUAAUGGGGCAAGUGGCUGAAUGGGUCAUGGUUGAAGAUGUUGAAAAAUUAAAAUACACAGAAGAUGGACAUUGUAAGGGCGAACCUGAAUUCGCAAACUGGCCCUGGUUCAUGAAACUUCGAUGGGACAUCAAUGAAGACUGUCAAGCAAUCAUAGAAAAGUCAGCAGAGGACGCCAAGCUGUUGAUUGAUGACGUCGACCUACACCUGAUGAUCCAUGAUGAAUAUGGAAAACGCAUCAUGAAACAAAUAAAAACCAGUCCCGAUGCAUUCAUUCAAGUCGCUUUGCAAAUGGCUUUCUUCAAGGAUGCUGGCCAUUGUUGUUUGACCUACGAAGCCGCCAUGACCAGACUUUUCAGAGAUGGACGGACGGAAACUGUCCGUUCAUGCACAAUGGAUACUAAAAAUUUUAUCGUCGCAAUGAACGACGCCAAUAUUUCGCGUGAAGAGCGCAUCCGACUUUUCCGAAAAGCAACCGACAAUCACGUAAAAUUAUACCGACAGGCAAUGACCGGCCAAGGGAUCGAUCGCCAUCUGUUUUGCUUAUACGUCGUGUCAAAGUAUCUAGAAGUCGAGGUGCCAUUUUUGCAAAAGGUCCUCAGUGAGCCAUGGAGACUCUCUACAAGUCAGACUCCCUGCGGACAAACAGGCCGGGUUGAUUUCAACAAAAGGACGGAUUUGCGGUUAGCAGGCGGUGGUUUUGGCCCGGUUGAUGACAAGGGAUAUGGUGUCUCGUAUAUCAUCUGUGGUGAUGAUUUGUUGUCAUUCCAUGUCUCGUGCAAGAAAUCAUGCUCAUCAACUGACGCGAAGAAAUUCAGUGGAUAUAUCAGAAAAUCGAUGCAGGAAAUCAAAGAACUCAUGCUCUGCGAGUGAAAAUGGAAUUUUUGUUGCCACCCACUACUGCUUAUUAUAAUCAGGCAAUUUUUGCCUUUUUUAUCAUUAAUUUAGCUAUUUAAUUUACUUUACUUCUAGUUUGAAUGGACCAUAGAAUAGUUUGCAGUCUGAGUGUUCCGGUUCAAUUAAUUGCGAGCAAUUUUGUUGCAUGGAUCAGGUUGCAACUAUCGGAAAUGGCUGGAGAAACAUUGACAUCAGGUCUUGUCUGAAUAACUUUUAGGUUUCAAACGUGAUAUUUUUAGGUCUUUAGAAAAAUACUUCUCGGCAUACAGAACUUUUUGCUCCGUUAAUCAAAGCUAUGUGGAAUCAAGGCUUAUUUUGAAUAACAGUCAUAAAAAUUUUUAUCUCGAUGAAUUUCCCAGACAGGAAGUUUUACAGUAGUGCCUCUGCGUUCUACUUCAGGUUAAAUAGUGCUCUCGUACCCCCCGAUACACAUGGUAAUAAAAAGAAUUGGUGAAAAAUUACUUACCAAAACUUUGUGGAUAUUUCUUAAAAAAAUUGAAUUCUGGAUGCAAAAUAUUUUCGUUUCAGUAGUUAAUCUCUAAAUCCACAGAAAAUUUUUUUUCGUCAAAUAACUUCGUAUAAACAUCGAAAAUUUGUUUUCCAAUCUUUUCAUCGGUUGAUGAAAGUCUGGCUUUAUUGCUUUUAAUGUUUUAGUCUAUCAUUCUUUCCUUUUGUUCUUAAUUGGCCUAGCGUUUCAAUUAAAAUUUGAGGUAUAUCUUUAAGUAUGUAAACUAUGUUCUUGUCUUUGUAAGGACAAUUAACAUAAUGGAGUCAUCAUGGUUUGUUGUGUUGAAAAAAUCUCACCACAGUCUGAUUUAUUUAAGUUUAGUUGUUUGAGAAAUCUACUAUUGCUUUUUGCUUUAAUUGUGACUAAGAUAGCCGGAAUUCCAUCGUUAAAGAAAAAUUGAAUUUUCAUUAAUUUAAUCUUUGAUAGUAUGACAAGUUGCCGAUAGUAUGACAAGUUUUUGCAUUUUGGCGUCACAAACCCUAUUUUUAGUUUUCUGAAUUUCGAUACAUAACCUGACAGAACAACAUAAAAUACCUCUAAUUGUGCAAAAACAGAUAGAACUGCCACAUAUUGACUGAGACAUGACCAUAUUAGAAGAUGGGUCUUUCCCAAUCAAACUGGUAAUCCAUUAGCAAAACUGGGCUCGUUCACUGACCAUAUCUAAGAAAAUAUGUCACAAAUCUGAAUAAUGUAUAUUUAGAGGUAUUUUACCGUACGUAUUCUGCUCAUUUGGUUCAAAUUCAAAAUACUGAAACUGGAUUUAUGACGUCACCAAUCUCCAUUUUAUGGCCUAAAAAGUAUCAUUCACGAAAGAAAUGGUUGAGCAUUUUAUUAGAAAUAUAACAGAGCUGGUCUCUGUUUGAGAAGACUUAAAUGCUGGAAUCAUCGUCAAAUAGAGCUUUCAUUCUACUGGUGGAUUUUCCAAAAGAGCCUAUGCCCUUUUGUGAAUUUUUUUCUCAUAUUGACACAUUUCCCAGCAUUAUCUUCCAAAAAAGAUCGAUGUAGAGUAAAGAUUUCGAUGGGUACCUAAGAACAAUUGUAGUUGAAAACAAGGAGAUAAUGACACUGAAAUAUAACCAGAUUUUCAAAAGAUAGCCUGAACUCUGAAGACAGCGAGACUGCGGUUUAGGCAGAUUAGCCGCCCUGUGCUAUGUGUUUGAUGUCAAGCAUUAGUUACUUUCUAGUGGAAUUUAGUAUUUUGUAGAACCUCUAUUAUCUUAUACCAUGCUUAUACCAAUUAUCAUAGGUUUGCAACUUGUAUUUUAGCAGCGUGUACUGUAGACCGAUCCAUACUUAUAUUUUGAAUACAUUAUUAUAUUCUUUCUUUGAA